AGGCUCCAUCUGUUUCCCAUCUCUCCAGGAUGAGAGAGGUUUGGGUUCGGCUUUUCCCCUCUCCCUGUAGUUGAUAGUUUCGGAACCAGAGGUGAUGCUGGAGUCGAGAUGGCAGACAGCGUGAAAACCUUCCUUCAUGAUCUCGUCAGGGGAAUUAAGGACUCCAUCUGGGGCAUCUGCACCAUCUCUAAGCUGGACGCCCGGAUCCAGCAGAAAAGGGAAGAGCAGAGGCGAAGGAGAGCAAACAGCGCGCUCGCCCAGCGGAGGUUUCACCUGGAAGAGAAGAAGCAAGAGAAUGAACCCCGGAUAGUGAGCCGGAUAUUUCAGUGUUGUGCCUGGAACGGAGGUGUAUUCUGGCUUAGUCUCUUCUUGUUUUACCGAGUAUUUAUACCUGUCCUUCAGUCAGUCACGGCACAGAUCAUCGGUGACCCUUCCUUACAUGGUGAUGUCUGGUCUUGGCUGGAAUUCAUCCUCACCUCCAUUUUCAGUGCCCUCUGGGUCCUUCCCCUCUUCGUGCUCAGUAAGGUUGUCAAUGCCAUCUGGUUCCAGGACAUUGCCGAUCUCGCGUUCGAAGUUUCUGGCAGAAAGCCACAUCCCUUUCCCAGCGUCAGUAAAAUCAUCGCCGACAUGUUGUUUAACCUCUUGUUACAGGCGCUGUUCCUCAUCCAGGGAAUGAUCGUGAGCCUCUUCCCCAUCGAUAUCGUCGGCCAGCUCAUCAGCCUCCUCCACAUGUCGCUGCUCUAUUCGCUCUACUGCUUCGAAUACCGCUGGUUUAACAAAGGAAUCGAAAUGCACCAACGGUUAUCCAACAUCGAGAGAAACUGGCCCUAUUACUUUGGCUUUGGCUUACCGCUGGCUUUCCUCACGGCGAUGCAAUCCUCUUACAUCAUCAGCGGUUGCCUCUUUUCCAUCCUUUUCCCUCUCUUCAUCAUCAGCGCCAACGAAGCGAGGACCCCCAGCAAAACCUACCAUUUCCAGCUCCGUCUCUUCUCCUUGGUGGUUUUCCUCAGCAACAGACUCUUUCACAAGACUGUUUACCUUCAGUCUGCCCUGAGUGGUGCUUCCUCCUCCUCUUCCUCCUCCUCCUCCGACCGCCUCCUCUCCCCCCAGCCCUCUCCUGCC